CCCUGCGGCCUCCGCGGCGCCUCCCGGCUUCCGCCAGGCGGGCUCCAUGCGGCCAGGGCCCGCGCUCCUCCUCCUGGGCCUGGGCCUGGGCCUAGACUGGGGCUGCAGCCACCUCCUUCCGUCCCCGGCUCCUCGCGGGGCCCGGGCCACCGUCCCCGUCCCGGGGACGCCUGCCGCGACCCAUGGCGCCCCGUCCAAGGCCAGGGUGUGCGUCUCGGCGCAGGGCUUGGCGGCCCCACCGCGCUUGGGGAGGGCCGCCCCGGGUCUCGGGCUGCUCCACGGCUGCGUCCGCCUCAGCCUGCGGCCCCGCGCGUUCCCGGGAGGCGGCGCCGCACUGAGCGGUGGCCGUGGCCUCUGCUUCUCCCGCGGGCCGCGCCAGCACUGCCUCCACGCGCGCGUCCUGCUCCGCGCCCGCCGCGCCCGCCGCGCGGAGCCCACCCACGUGGACCUGCACCUCUCCGCGCCACGAGGCCGGCUCUCCCUGCGGUGGUUCGUCCCCCUGCAGCGCCUGCUUGGGCAUCUGGAAUGGACCUUUCUCCUCGGGCUGCUCAGGCCUCGGGAAGCCUCCUCUGCCUCUCACAUGUCACCCCGCUCCAUUGAGCCUGGCGGCCCUCACCCCAGCUCGGGCUACGUGGCCCAAACCAAGUGUCCUACAGAUGGGCCCACGCCUGUUGUUUUAGAAGCUGUCAACUCGGACAGUUCCCAAGCCAUGGAAUCUUCGGUGUCCUGUCAGUUGUCAUCACAGGGGCUUUGUGUUAUCCAAAAGGUCAAGAUCAACGGGAACAAAGACGGGUCUCCCCUGGUGCUGACCAGGAAGAUGGAAGCUUCCCUCAAUGCCACCGUUGAGUAUGACUGCCCGUUCCCCAAGACCACUGUUCAUCGUUGGAAUGUUUUUUCUGUGCCUUCUGUAUCUGAUGUGCCGGACUGGACUAAACCUCUGAAUGUACCACAACUCCAGUUCCCGCGAGAUCCUACAGCUGUGCACAUCCCCAAGGAGUCUUUAUCUUGGGGGGUGUAUGUGUUCAGAUUCUCAGUGGCGGUGGCCAUAAUGAAUCCAACAGCGAAUGUGAUAAGAGCCUCAGAUUACAUCUAUGUCACUAUUGUUAGAAGUCCCCUGAAGGCAGUUAUUCUUGGGGAUUCCGACAUAAUAAUUAAUUUCACAGAUGGGCUGGUUCUGAAUGGGUCGAUGUCCUCUGAUCCGGAUGCAGACAACCCUUUAGAGGGGCUCCAUUUUUUUUGGUACUGUACCACAAAUUCAAGCAACUAUGACGGAGAUAAAAUAACAGUUACGAGCGAGGACGUUUGUCUUCCAGCACAGGCUGAUCUCAAGUGGACAUCGGCCUCUGGUCCUGUACUAACACUUUUGCCAGAAACACUUAAAGGUGACCACGUGUAUUUUUUCAGAAUGGUGAUACAAAAGAGUGGCAGAACAGCAUUUUCUGAUAAAAGGGUACAAGUGCUCCAAGGACCAACACCUACAGCACAUAUUUCGUGUAUUGAAAAUUGUGAUACAGUUUUGGUUAUAUCCAAUAGGUUUUCUUUGUUUCUUAAUUGCACAAAUUGUGCAAUAAGCCACGAUGUCUAUAAGUGGUCGAUUCUGUCUCCUUCAGGUAAUGAGAUGGGAUUUAAUUGGACGGGGCAAACUGCAACAGGGAGGAAUAGCGAUUAUUUAUCUAUAAAAGCGUUUGCUUUUAGGCACUUUCUUGAAGCUAAGUUUUGGAUUUCUGUAGAUCUAGCAACUUGGAGUGGAGUGAACUUGGUCCUCAGGCAUCCCUUUAUUAUUAACCAUGUCCCUGAAAUCGGAGAAUGCAAAAUUAAUCCAGCUAAUGGAAUUGCAUUUUUUACUAAGUUUGUUAUCCAAUGUGGUAAUUUUAAGGAUCAGAAUACCCCUCUUACAUAUAAAAUGAUAGUUUCUGAUUUGCACGGUUUUGGUGAAAUCAGUUCUUUAAAAGAGAACACAUUGGGGUCCAUCCUGUACAUGGGCAAUGGGCCCACAUCACCCCCUUCCUUCCUCCCUGUCGGCGUGCUGGCCAAUCGUUACGCCGUGAAGAUCUAUGUCCAGGUGUACGACUCUUUAGGAGCUUUUUCUCAGGUGACUUUGUACACCACUGUGCAGGCGCCUACUGACAAAAACUCAUCAACGACUGUGCUGUAUCAAUUACUCAAUUUCACCAUGGGACCUAACUCAGCGAUAUCCACUUUGCUUCAAAAGCAAGAUUUUCUGUCUGCGGGCUACUUAAUGUAUAUAGUAGCCUCCGUUUUGAAUAACAUGAAACCCGAAUCAACUCUGCAAGAGGACAAACUGAGACUCCGCGAACAUCUCGUCAAUCAGACUUUCAUUCUCCCUAUAAGCAAUUUGGUGGAAAUUAGCCAGGUAGUCGUGGCUGUUGCUGAAUUAACCAAGGAAGCCUCUGAAUUCACUCGAGUUGCUCAGAAUCUUUCCACAAUGAGGACUUGGCAAGCAAAUCAAGCCCUACAACAGCAUCAGCAGAAAGAUAAGCACAUUCACUCUGAACAAAUAGAAAUCGUGAGCACUGGAAUAUUAACAAGUUUAUCUAAUAUCCUUAAAAUGACUGCUCGUCACGAAGUUGUUGAUGACCCUUUCUAUGUAUUAGAAUCUCUACCAGACCCUAUAUUGACUGGUAAAGUGCCGGGGAAUGAAACCACUGUAAUGAGGACCUCGAGCUUCAACAUGUAUGUCAAGAAAAUGGAAAAGUGGGUUGUUAGCAGCCUCUUAGGCAAUGAGAGAAACUAUCGAAAUUGUUUUCAUCCAGUACUAAAUAUGAGCAGUGUCCCAGCUUUGUCUGCAAAUGCUCCAGUUUCUAUGAUGUUUUGUGAGUUUGCAGAGGACCCCUUUCCUUGGUUAAAUUAUCAGGAGAACAUUUCAGCAGAUGUGGUUGGAUUCAGAAUGACAGGAACCACGGCUAAAGGAGAUGUGAUAGAGAUCACACCUGAUGUGGCGGAAGUCUACCUCAGCAGAAAAAAGUUGAGCCUUGCAGCUUUCAGUGUCACAGUGGGACCCGACAAUGAGCCUAAUAAUGUGGCCGAGUCCUUGAGAAAGACAACGGGGGCGUUUAGCUUUGAAGUGGACAGCAGGGCAGGGAAGGAGCUCUUGAUUCACAUUGUAACGGAAGUGACCGUGUUGUUCACGGCAUUGGUGUAUGCCGGCAGGCAGGUCACCGCCACUGCUUUGGUUGCCACCUUCCUCGUGCCCCAUGACAUCCCUCCCAUUCCCAACCAGAGCGGCCUGUUUGACCCAGCCUGUACCGUGAAGGUGGCCCGUGUGCUCUGCCUUCCACCGUCCCUACUACAAGUCAUAGCUCAGCGAAGCCACGCAUCUGAGUAUGCCAUAGCCGUGGUGCUGCAGGCUCCUCGUUUCGUCAUGAAGGUCAGUGACAAGCUGGUGAGAAUUGCUGCUUUCAGCGUUCACUGCUUGGACAUGUACGGGAUCCAGAGUGACUGGAGAGAAGAUACCUGUGUUCUCGGACACAAGACCACCUGGAACAGAGUGCACUGUAUCUGUAGGCACGCAGGGAGGGCCAGGCGGCAGCUGGAUGCAAUAAAGCUAGCUAACAUUCACCUGCAUGCCCGCUAUUUGACGGCCAAGGUGGUUGUGGCCCCUAAUCCUAUAGAUCUGCGGUUAGAGGUCAUCAAGAACAUUACCCGAAACCCCGUGACCGUCUUCGCGGUCCUCUCCAUCUUGCUCAUAUACAUAGUCCUAGCUUUCUGGGCCUUGCACAGGGAUGAAACUGACCAGUUUCUUCGGGAUCAUGCCAUAGUGCUACCUGACAACGACCCUUAUGAUAACAUAUGUUACCUAGUCACUGUUUUUACAGGAAGCCGUUGUGGGUCUGGGACCAGGGCCAGUGUCUUUGUCCAACUUAGGGGGACAGAAAGCACUAGCGAUGUCCACUGUUUAAGCCACCCAGACUUUACAACUCUCUACCGAGGAAGCAUCAACACUUUCCUCUUAACGACAAAAAGCGACUUGGGGGACAUUCAUUCCGUUCGCGUGUGGCACAACAACGAGGACAGAGCCCCCAGCUGGUAUCUAAGUAGAAUCAAGGUGGAAAACCUGUUUAGCAGACACGUCUGGCUGUUCAUGUGUCGGAAGUGGCUUUCUGUUGACACCUCUUUGGACAGAACAUUUCAAGUGACCGACCCAGACGAGCCUCUCAAGAGAAUGGACUUUUUCCUUAUAUAUAUGACUGAUAAGCUGGGGACAAAUCACAUGUGGUUCUCUGUGUUUGCUGGUGUUGUCGUUAAGCCGUUCAAUAGGCUCCAGAGGCUGUCCUGCUGUUUAGCAAUGUUGCUGGCCUCCCUCGUGUGUAAUAUUAUGUUCUUUAAUCUAAAUAAACAAAAAGAAGCUGCGUCAGGAGGGAGCCGAUACAUCAGAUCGAUGAAAAUAGGACUGCAAAGUGUCUUAAUUACCAUCCCUGUGCAACUAAUGAUCACUUUUUUGUUCACCCAUUCCCAGAGGAAACCUCAAGCGACUCUAGCUGAGGUGUCCCCUCAGAAGCAGUCCUGGAUAGCAGCAGUGAGUGGACACUGGGAGGAACGCUUGGAGAAGUGGCAUGCUCACGAGACUGAGGAGGCACCCUCCCCGGAGGCACCCUCCCCGAAGGCACCCUUCCCGAAGGCACCCUCCCCGGAGGCUCAAGAGCUUCCCCCUAGGAAAAAUCCUCGACUCUGUAAGUCUCCUGUCAAGUCAAAGUUGAAGAAAAGGCACCGGCUUAAGAAAGCAAACAGCAAAGUCCCACACACCCCCAGAACAAAUACUAAUACAAAUGCCAACAACGAAAACAUAACAGACAAUCAAGGUGUUUAUUCUGCACAGCCCCCUUCCGAGCCCCUCACCAAGCCCAGGAUUGUUCUGCCUUGGUGGUGUGUUUACGUAGCAUGGUUCGUGGUUUUUGCCACUUCUUCUGUAUCCUCAUUCUUUAUUAUAUUUUACGGACUAACUUACGGCUAUGAAAAGUCAAUAGAAUGGCUCUUUGCAUCUUUUUGUUCGUUCUGUCAGUCCGUGUUUCUGGAGCAGCCAUUGAAAAUUAUGUUCCGGUCAAGCAUCAGAUCAAAGAAGCUCAAGUAUUGUAAAAACCUCUCGUGGGUGAGCAACUAUUGUUAUACUGAGAUCAUGCUGCAGACCACAAGGCUGCACCCCGAUGAGAUACACAAGCGCCAUAAGUACAUCACCUACCUCCGAGGCACCAGGAUGUACCAGCCCCUCACAGAAGACGAAGUCAGAAUAUUCAAAAGAAAGAAGAGGACCAAGAGAAGAGCCGUCCUGUUCCUGAGUUAUAUCCUAACUCACUUGAUCUUUCUAGCCCUCCUGUUGAGACUUGUCGUUGUCCUACGCCACACUGACAGCUUCUACUAUAAUCAGUUCAUUCGCGAUCAGUUCUCAGUGGAUCUUGCUACGGUGACCAAGCUGGAGGACAUCUAUGGGUGGCUCCAUGGCGUGCUGUUGCCUUUGUUUCACAAUGCCCUGAAUCCGACGUUUCUUCCCGACAGCUCCUCUACAAUCCUUGGCCUUCCACUGAUGCGGCAAGUAAGGGCAAAGCCUGGCGAAAAAGCAUGUCUGCCUGCCAAAAGCUUUGUGCCAAGUGGCAUCAAAGGAGAAAUUCACUGUCAUCCCAAAUAUGGCACCGACCCAGAAGACACAAAAAGCUACACUAGCUUUUGGAAUCAAGUUGAUAAGCGGGCAACAGACAAGAACACCAAAGGGUUUACUUAUAAGCCUCCAGAAAAGAGAUGGGUAUAUCAUUCCUAUGGACUUCUACACACCUAUGGGUCAGGGGGCUAUGCUUUCCAUUUCUUUCCAGACCAGCAGCAAUUUAAUUCCACAGUGAGGCUCCAGGAACUCCAGAGCAGCAACUGGCUGGAUGAGAAGACGUGGGCUGUGAUUCUGGACCUAACAACUUUUAAUCCAGAUGUAAAUCUGCUCUGCAGCGUUUCAGUUGUGUUCGAGGUUUCCCAAUUAGGAGUCGUGAACACGAGCGUAUCUGUGCACUCUUUCUCACUUGCUGAUUUCAACAGGAACACGUCAGCAGAAAUCUACCUGUACGUGGCCGUCCUCAUUUUCUUUUUGGCCUACAUCAUCGAUGAGGGCUACAUCAUCGUGCAAGAAAGGGCCUCCUAUGUGAGAAGUGUGUACAAUUUGCUCAACUUCGCCUUAAAAUGCAUGUUUGCCGCGUUGAUCGUGCUCUUUAUCAGGAAACACCUCUUGGCCACCGGCAUAGUUCGAUUUUACUUGUCGAACCCUGUGGAUUUCAUUCCCUUUCACGCGGUUUCUCAAGUGGAUCGCACCAUGAGGAUCGUUUUGGGUUUCCUGUUAUUUCUGACCAUUUUGAAGACCCUCGGGUAUUCCAGAUUCUUUUACGAUGUGCGCCUGGCUCAGAGGGCCAUCCAGACCGCCCUGCCUGGCAUCUGCCACAUGGCACUCGUGGUGUCCGUGUAUUUCUUUGUGUACAUGGCUUUUGGUUACCUGGUAUUCGGUCAGCAUGAGUGGAACUACAGUAACUUGAUCCAUGCCACUCAGACAAUCUUCUCCUAUUGCGUGUCAGCUUUUCAGAACACUGAAUUCUCCCAUAACAGGGUCCUCGGGGUCCUGUUCCUCUCGUCGUUUAUGCUGGUGAUGAUCUGCAUAUUGAUCAACUUGUUUCAGGCAGUGAUUUUGUCCGCCUACGAGGACAUGAAGCAGCCUGUGUACGAGGAACCUUCAGAAGAAGCGGAAGCAGUGGCCUAUCUGUUCGGCAAGCUCAGACCUGUGUUUGGCUUCCUGUCCUUCCGAUCUGAGGCCAAAGACGAGCCCGAGUUUUUCGCGGACAUGCUAUAUGGGCAGCCAGAGAAGAGCAGCCGCCGCUAUCUGGGGCUGAAGACCAGAAGCAUUAACGGGAGGAAAAUGGUGUAUCUCGUUGUGUGAUCCAUGAGUUUCAAGGGUCACAGGCAAGGGUCUCCCUGAAAUGCUGUUUGUGGGAUUAAGAAAUGUUUAGUGUGUCUCAGUCAUGCUUUCUACCCACAUCAUUCACAAGGCACACCCCUACAUUUGGAAAUAUCCCGUUGGCCUCCACACUUGGGAACAUAUGAGUGUUGUAGUACAGCACCUGGGAAGAGAGGAGGUGACAGCAGGUGGGGAGUUAGGUGUCUUUGGAGCCCUUAGGAGUUUAGAGGUUAGAGACUCAGGUUUGGGGGCGGGAGCUAAAGAGCCCCCAGCACACCUGGCUGGGAGUUCCUUUCGCAGACCAGAGCUUCCUCGCCCCCCUUCCCCUCCAACCCCCACACUCCAGAGGGGCCUGUGGGGAGCUCCAGGACUUGCCCUGGAUCUUGGGAAUAUAGGGGUGGGAACGGGGACAGAGGUCUGAAGCUUCCCAUGUAUUCCCUAAGGCUCCUUCAAGUUAAAGAUGUAAAAUGGAGUAACAUUUUCUGGCCAUGAGACAAAAUUUUUGUUAAAAAACAAAAAGGUGUGUUGUGGGUUCACACUGGAAGAUAGUAAAUUGUUCUAUAUACUGGAUAUGGAAAUAUUGGGUUGUCGGAAAAUUCAUGACAUAUUUUUUUGUUUUUCGUUGCAAACAUGUGUCAUGACUUUUCUGACAGCCCAAUAUAUUCCUCCAGGAUUUGGGCUUUUGGUUAUUUAAAGCCUGGUGGACUGUUAUUUGAAUAAUAAAGAACAUGUGGUUUAUUGUUUAUGAGAAACAUGGACUGGCAGGUGUUGUAUUUUCACUCAGAAGCGUGUUCCUUUGUGAGGAUGCUUUAUCAGAAUUAAAUGUGAGACGUGACUGCUGCACGAGGGGCACCUAUACAUGGGGCCCUGUCCUGGAAGUCAGGGCUGGAAAAAUGGUACAAAAGUCACCAGUGACCACUUUGUCCCAGGGGUUGGUUGCUCACCGCUGUCCCUGUAACCCUGGCAGUCACAUGUGCCAGCUUUCAUUGGUUCCUUCUGGGGACACCCAAGCGCCGUCUUCUCUGCCCAGUGAGAACAAGGGAUUUAGUGGACCAUGCAAGGUAACUCACACAGUUAGGUUCACAAGGUCAGAUCCGGAUUUUCCAAGUGCCCUGCGGGGAGGUCACGGGCAUGGCCUGGUCCACACUGCCCCACUGGUCUGACUGGAGCGCACAUUUGUAGUUAGCUCCACUCUUUACCACCUGACUUCUGAACGGGUUGAGAAAAAGAGUAAACAUGAGGUGGAGACAGAUGACUACUUUUUUUUUUAAAGAUUUUUUUUUUAAUUGGGGAAUUAGGGGAUGGGAA